CUAUUAUCUCUGCACCUGAGCGCAUCUAAGCUGUGUGGAUAAGUUCAGUCUACAGAAGAUAAGAGAAUAUCAAGCAUAUUAUAUUCAUUUUGAAUCAUGGGUAUUGCAAUUGAUGCAAGGGAGUGGUGGGCAGUGAGGAGGCGGGACAUAAGCAUGGCUUCCAUGCCUUCUCUUCUCAACAGCAACACCCCUAAUAACAUUUCUCAACACAGAGCAAAGCAAUACUCACACGACGGGGUGAAAGCAGGGGCGAAGGCAGCGACAAUUGCAUUUAUAGCAUCUGCAAUCCCCGUGGUGAUGGGAGCACGGACCAUUCCUUGGGCAAGGGCGAAUCUCAAAUAUGCAGCUCAGGCACAUAUCAUCUCUUUAGUCACUGGAGCAGCCUAUUUCGUUGUAGCAGACAAGACCAUUUUGGCCUCUGCACGGAAGAACUCUUUUGAGAAACUUCCAAGUCAUGUCGAAUUUCCCCUGUAAAUAAUAGGAUAACAUGGGGAUAUAUCUAUGCAGAAAUAGAGAAGUAAGCCUGGAAGAAUGGCUGAAUGUUGUUUAACGAUUGUAGCCUAAAUGAUGGAUGUAAAUGAAACAAUUUGUGAAAUGGAAUAAAUAUAGUUUUCUAAGCA